UCUGUCUCUUCCGUCAACGGCCGACCUCCCACAUCUCCCUCCCUAAACGGUCUUAUUCUUGUCCGACGUGACCGGAUCUGGGAGGAACAUGUGCCGGCUACCUUGAGGUUUGACCGCCGCCUCUGAAAAAAGAUCUGUCAUUUGUGAGUAUUGACCAACGACGAGUGAAGAUAUCCCUUCGUGUGGUACAGGCAGGCUUCUCCCUCUGUAUUGCUGUGUAGCAGUAGAAUACGACAGAUUGUCACUGCACGUAAACGCAGAGUCAACGGGAGCGGAUACCUGCCAACCUUGCUCGGGACAUGCAGAACGGACAAUGCAUCUCGUCAAUGACAUGUCGGCCGUAUCGUCGACCCAUACCAACCGCUUUUCCCCCGUGUUGUUCUGUAUUAUCUCUCUGCAAGGGUGAUAACCAUCAGGGUAGCUGUCGGUUCCCAUCAGCAUGUCGUGGAUCAUGGAUGAGAUUCUUCUUCCUGCUUCACGUCGCACCUGGGCAGACAUGCUUCUUGUUGUACGACGCCGGGAAGGACGACAAUGGACUAGCGGACCAAGGCAAUCUCCUCUCAAGGGAGUACGAUGUCAUUAUCGAGACUGUGUGUGUAACCUGGAAAGAAAGGGUAGAUGACGGUGGAGGGUUCCGAGUUGACGGGGCAUCGUAUCCGACCACCGGUAGACCCAUUCCCUGUUGUCGACAUCGGAUGGAAAAAAGAAUACUUUCCUCCUGCCGCUUUUUUGCCGCUUCUUCGACGGGAGUCGGGCUCGUUGAGCCGCCGUGUAACGACUCUGGCUCUGGCUCCACCACCCGUUUCCGUGCCAAGAGGACUGACUGCAGCUGGACUUUUACUCGUAAAGGCAAGGUUCUAGACUGCUUCCGUCCGCCCGUGAUGCGUUGGUCGUCUGCGACAAAUGAAGGCACUCAUGAACCCACAACAAUCCCAACCCCAACCCCGGCAUGGGCUCAACAGACGACGCUGCAGCCCUGUCCGGCUCUUGCGGCUUGGCACCGAAAGAUGCACGAUUGGCAACCCCUUCCUGCCUUGAUACCUAACCCGGUGGCACCAGUUGUGGGCUGCAGGCUCGGCAUAAGGAAGUAAGCCACUGAAAAGAACAGAUGAAGCUAAGCGGGAGUGCGUCGAUCCCCAGGAAGUCUCAACCCGCUGUGGCGGUCGUGACGGUGUAGCCAAAGGCG